UAUUAAAAUGGCGUCGUUUGUAUUUAAUUGUUGAAAUUGAUUUUGUUAUUGUUUUUGAUAGAUGCAAUUGGAUAUCAAUUACUGAACGAAAUCGCAAAGAGCGUCUCAAAAUUAUGUCUCGAAUUAAAUCCAAACAGUCCACCGAUGUUUGCGGCGAUUGCGGAUCCACAGAACCUAUGUGGGCAAGUAUAAAUAAAGGGAUUUUGCUCUGCAAUCACUGUUGUCACACGCAUCGCAGUUUAGGAAGACAUGUAUCCAUUGUCAAAUCAAUUCAGAAGAGCACUUGGCCUCAAUCACUACUUACAAUGGUGUUUGAGUUAAAUAAUGGUGGAGUCAAUAAUAUUUGGGAGAAUCAGAUUAUUAAAGAUCCCAAGCUUGCCAAACGCAAACCAUCACCUACAGAUUCACUGGAGGACAAAGCAAAGUUCAUCAAAGCAAAACACCAGAAUUGCGAAUUUGUGUUUAGAUCACAAACUGAGGAUAAUAUGGUCUGCUAUGAAAAUGAACUAGGCAAGCAAUUGCAUGCCAGUGUCAGAAGCAACAAUUUGAUAACUUCAUUCAGAUUGCUCAUCCAGGGAGCAGAUCCUAAUUACUUCCAUGAUGAGAAAGGUUCAACUCCUUUACAUGCAUCAGUAAAAGCAAAUCAGUUGCUACAAGCUGAACUACUUAUGGUCUAUGGAGCUGAUCCAACUUAUCCAGAUGCUAAUGGGAAGACUGCAAUUGACUAUGCCAGACAGACUGUGAAUAAAACGUUGAUGCAACGUUUGAUCGAGAGCCAAUUUGAGGUGACGGAUAAGUUCAGCCAUUAUUUAUGCUACAGAAAACCAGAUCACAGCCAGGGCGUCGAUUUUUUAAUACCAACAAGUGGAGCGAGAUCGCAUCCUGGCUCUAUGGAUAAAUUGAAGAAGCUGAGCAAUCAAAUUUUUGAAGAACUUGUUAAGGACGUUUAUGAUGAGGUGGACAGGAGGGAAAUUGAAGCAAUUUGGUUGGGUAGUGCUGACACAAUAGACUUGAGUGCCGUUCCAUUUUUACCGGUGGAUCCAAGCCUGUCGACAACCAGAAAUCAAAGCAGACAGAAAUUGGGUAGAUUUGCUUCACCAGAGUUAAACGCUUUGAUAUACGAUAUUCUGGUGGAUUCUCAGAGACGUCAGAAGUUAUCUGAUAAAGGUCAGCCAAGACAAAUAUCGCAGCUGUCAGAUGAUGAUCCAUUGUAUGAUUCAGUUGCAUCCGACGAUGAUUACGCCGUAGUUCCAUCGGAAGAAGUGUUAGAUCAAAACCAGAACAAUUCCAUAGUGCAAAGUGAGAGGAUGAAGAACGAGCUGUUGUCGAAAAAGCUGUGCGAAUCUGCCGAUACAAUAAAAGAGUUAAAAAGCGAGAUAGGAAAUUUGAAAGGAUUAAUCGAGCAUUUGAGCAGCGAAAAUCAUGAUCUUAAAAACAGGUUAGCUCAGUGCGAGGUGAGCAAUUUCAAUGGGAACAUUACAAAUAAAUUCGUGAGCAAUGGGAACAGUGGACCGCAAUCUUUGGAUGCCUACUUGAUGUCUCGGCCACAGGAGGAGCUCAACAAUCAAUUCUCGCUGAGCAACGGUAAAGUUAUCGCUGACAAUAAUAACAUUGAUAUUGAUGGAAAGAAGAAAGGUCAGAGACCUUCGAGCAUGUACGAGGCUAGGGAAAGGAUCCGACCCGUCACGAAUUGGCAAUUGUUGAAGAAGUCGAAGCAAUUGGAGUCCAAGAAUCAGACGAUAAUGCAAUGCACAGAGCAAGUGACGAAAGGCAUAUCAGAAUUGUGGAAGUGCAUCCAAAGCGGAUGCGAUAAUCAUAUCCAAUGCGCUGAAAAAAUACGCAUCGCGGUAGUAAAUUUGAUCAAAGCGCUUCCAAUGGAAAACGAUACAGUAAAGCAUCUAAUGGAUAGUGUAGCACAGCUUCAAACGAACUGCGUUGGACUCGAGAACUCUACUUCUGUGACUAGUGAUAACUUCAUUCAAAAAGUUAGGUCUUCCGCCUAUCAAAUCGCGAAAGACACUAAAGAGCUUGUGACCAAAUAUAAUGCGCAUUAGGUGAGAAAAAAAACUACAUCGCAAUCGAUCGUGCAUAUAAGACUAAUCACCAAAAUUAAUCAGCAUAGUAUUAUACAAAAAUCAUUCAAAACAAUUUUUUUUAUGUUAACAAACUUAAUUUAAAACAAGGAUUGCAUGGA